CCGGGUGCUCUGCGCCAUGACGCCCGCCGCCAUGACGCCCGCCGCCUCGUCUUUCCGCCGCACAUCGGCCAGCUAAAGGGUGCAAAUGUCCCAUCUCCUGCAGAUUGCUGCCGGCGUGAGAUGGACCAAGUCGACGGCUGCCCGCCGAGCGCUCGUCUUGGCCUUGGCCGUCUAUGGCGUGAAGAAGUUGUAUCCGCUUCUCCAGCAUCACUUCCAUGGCAAGCCGCGGCCUGGCGCAACUUCACCUCACCACACGCCCAGCCACUGCUUCGCCAAUAAAUCUCCCGCUAUUGACGACGAGUUUUGUCGGCAGCUUCUCGGUCUCGGCAAAAUCCUAUUCCCCAAACUGCUCACUAAGGAGCUGGGCUUGCUCUGCCUGCAUUCGGUGGCUUUGAUUUCCAGGACUUUUCUCUCAAUUUAUGUGGCCGUGUUGGACGGGAAGAUCGUGAAGACGAUCGUUGAAAAAAAACCCAAAAGCUUCGUGUUAAAACUGGUCAAAUGGCUUCUGGUGGCCAUCCCUGCCACUUUUGUCAAUAGUAUGAUUCGUUAUCUGGAAUGUAAGCUGGCUUUGGCAUUUCGCACUCGUCUGGUAGAUCACGCAUACCGCACUUAUUUCACCGAUCAAACUUACUACAAGGUUAGCAACAUGGAUGGGAGAUUGGAAAAUCCAGACCAGUCACUCACAGAAGAUAUUUUAAUGUUUGCACAGUCUAUCGCACACUUGUACUCCAACUUGACGAAGCCCAUCCUUGACGUGAUGCUGACCUCUUACACCUUGAUCCAGACUGCAUCUUCGCGUGGAGCAAACCCCAUGGGACCAACACUUUUAGCAGGCCUCGUUGUCUAUGCCACAGCCAGGGUAUUAAAAGCAUUCUCUCCAAGAUUUGGGAAACUAGUGGCCGAAGAAGCCCAAAGGAAAGGAUACUUAAGAUAUAUCCAUUCACGAAUUAUAGCCAAUGCAGAAGAGAUUGCUUUCUACAGGGGACAUAGGGUGGAAAUGAAUCAGCUACAGAAAAGUUACAAGUCGCUUAUUGCCCAGAUGAAUCUUAUUUUGUCUAAAAGAUUAUGGUACAUAAUGUUGGAGCAGUUUCUAAUGAAGUACGUGUGGAGUGGAAGUGGAUUAGUAAUGGUAGCAGUACCCAUUAUCACGGCAACAGGUUUUGCAGACAAUGAGUCUGAAGAUGGUCAGAAGCAGAUAAGUUUGGUUAGUGAACGAACUGAAGCUUUUACAACAGCUCGCAAUCUUCUGGCUUCUGGAGCAGGUGCAAUUGAAAGAAUUAUGUCAUCAUACAAAGAGAUCACUGAAUUGGCUGGCUAUACAGCCCGAGUACACAACAUGUUUUCGGUUUUUGACGAAGUUCAGAGGGGCAUUUAUAAGAAGUCCUCUGUCAAUCAGGAAGAUGAAAUAGAUUCCAGUAAAGUAGCUAAACAUCGAUUAAGUAUUGAACAUUCUUUGGAACAGAAAGGGCACGUUAUUGAUGUUGAUGUUGGAAUUGUAUGUGCAAAUGUUCCAAUUAUUACCCCAAAUGGAGAUGUUGUUGUUUCCAGCCUAAACUUUGAAGUUGAUGAAGGCAUGCAUCUCCUUAUUACUGGGCCAAAUGGAUGUGGGAAAAGUUCUUUAUUCAGGAUUUUGAGUGGCCUAUGGCCGGUAUAUGGAGGGGUAUUGUCUAAGCCUCCUCCUCAGCAUAUGUUCUAUAUUCCACAGAGGCCUUACAUGUCGGUUGGAACUCUAAGAGAUCAGGUUAUCUAUCCGGAUUCUGUGGAAGACAUGCAUGAGAAAGGAUAUGCAGAUCUGGAUCUGGAGCAUAUUCUAGAUAUUGUGUAUUUGAACCAUAUUGUACAGAGAGAGGGAGGGUGGGAUGCCUUUACUGACUGGAAGGAUGUCUUGUCUGGGGGUGAGAAACAAAGAAUGGGGAUGGCACGAAUGUUUUAUCAGAAACCAAAAUAUGCAUUGCUUGAUGAAUGUACAAGUGCCGUGAGUAUUGAUGUUGAGGGCAAGAUAUUUCAGACUGCAAAGGACUCGGGGAUAUCAUUACUUUCUAUUACUCAUAGGCCAUCUCUAUGGAAAUACCACACACACCUAUUACAGUUUGAUGGGGAGGGUGGUUGGCGAUUUGAACAAUUAGAUACUGCUACGCGACUCUCACUGGCUGAGGAAAAGCAGAGACUUGAGUCUCAACUGGCUGGAAUCCCGCAAAUGCAACAGCGACUGAAUGAAUUGUGCAAAAUUUUGGGAGAAUACUCUGUGCUCAGAACCACUGGAACUGAAGAUUAAUGAUACAGCCAAUGAAUGUGAAUAAUAUGACACGAGGAGCUACAAAAGAAUUGCAUGAUGCAAACAAAUAUAAAGUAAACAGAUCUUCCUAUUUAUUUAAAGUCAUUAAAGUCAGUAAAAUAAGUUAACUUUUGGAUGCAAUCUCAUCAUUCUUUUGAAACAUAUGUUAACUUUUCUGAUAGUUUACAUUAUUGUAAUAUUAGCGUUUGGUAAUACAUUUGACAGCACUGAUUUUAAAAAGUACUAUGAAUUGUAAGAGGAAACUAGAAUGUACGUGUUCUAGAGAAAUGGUUAACGUCUAAGUGCAAUUGAAUGCUCUUCUCAAUUUCAAUAUUUAAUGAGCCUCAUUUUGUGUUAACUUUGUACCAGGUAUCAUCUGGUACAAGUGCUGGGCUAGACUUUUGAUAUGGAUGAUACCAUACCAUUUUUUUUUUUUUACCACUCUACCCAGGCAGUUCAUUUGCAAUAAGUACAAACAGUAUUUUAUUUUGCUUCCCAGGAUUAAUUGUUUUGAGGAAACGGAGAGGGGUUCUUGUAUCAACAUAUGGUUUAUUUUAGUGCAAUAUGAGUGAAUCUCUAGUAUAACAUUUAGCAUUUCAGCCGUGCUUACACUUCAGACUGUUAGUUGCCCAUUGUUGUUAUAAAAGUAGUAUAUAUAGACAAUAAAGGAUCUAUCUAUCUAUAUUACCAAACACAUCUUCUGUAUUUUUGUGGAUCUAAGUAAUGAAUUUAUGCUUAUAUAUGUUCCACAUUAUACAGAAUCCAAAAUUACUCAUUUGUUUUUAAUGAAAAAAUGAUCUGGUAUAGAUUUGUUUAUUUAAACAAUAAUUACUAUAGUGCAUAUUAACAUAAAAUGUGCAUAUUUUAUUUCAAUUAAUGUUGUAUUCAUUAUAUCUGCAUUAUACCACUGAAAAGGUCAGUACUGUGUAUUAAAAAAAACUUGGUUGAACUAUCAAAGUAUAAAAUAGCGGAUGCUGGAAAUCUAAAACAAAAAUGUUGGAAAUACUCGUUAGAUUGGGCAGCAUCUGAGGAGAGAAACAUAAUGUUUCAGGUCAAUGAUUUCUAUAAUUGCAGGUGAAUGGUCAUUAGUCUAAAAAUGAGCUGCUUAUCUCUGCACACUCACUGGUACUAGUAUUGGUGUCACGGACUGAGACACAAUGAAACAUUUUACUUGCGUGCUAUCCAGUCAAAUCAUGUGAUACAUCAGUACAAUCAAGUUAAACACAAAUAUAACAGAUAGUCCAAAGAGAAAAAUACUAGUGUGCAGAAUAAUGUGGUGACCAUUAUACUACAGCCGCAGAGAAUGUGAAGUGCAAAAAAAAAAGUGCAAGAGCCACAAUGAAAGUUAGGGAAUCGGGACUGCAACUUUAGCUUAUAAGAGGACCGUUUAGUAAUCUGAUAGCGGUGGGAAAGAAGCUGAAUCUGAAUACGUACUUUCGAGGUUUUGCCUGAUGGAGGGGGGGAAGCGAAUGAAUGAGAUGUAAGUGGACCUUGAUUACAUUGGCUGCUCUUCCAAGGCAGCUGCAAUUUUUUGCCAUCUUGGACAGAGCUGUUGCCAAACCAAGCUAUGAUGCAUCUGGAUAGGAUUCGUGCUAUGGUGCAUCUGUCAAUGUUGGUAAGAGUCGUUGGAGACAUGCGGAACUCUCUUAGUCUUUUGAGGAAAUUGAGUCAUUGGUGUGCUUUCCUGCCUGUGGUUUCAACAUGUUUAGUCCAGGAUAAAUUAUUGUUGAUAUUUACACCUGGGAACUUGAAGAUCUUGACCAUCUCUGCUUCAGCACUGUUGAUGCUCACUGUGGCAUGCACACCACCUCCUUUCCCAAAGUCAAUAACUAGCUACUUCAUCUUCCUAACAUUGAUGGAAAGGUUGUUGUCUUGACAUCAUGUUACUAGUCGCUCUAUCUCUUUCCUGUACUCCAUCUUAUCACUACAGUGGUGUGAUCUGCAAACUUGCAAAUGGAAUUAGAACAGAAUUUGGCCACAGUUGAGUAUAUAGGGAGUAAAGUAAGAGGCUGAGAACAUUGAGAGUACCUGUGAGAAUUAUUGUGGAGGAUGUAUUGUCUAUUCACAUUGAUUGUGGUUCAUAGGUCAGGAUGUAGAGGAUUCAGUUGCAGAGGGGAAUACUGACUCCUUAGUCCAAUAGUUUGGAGAUGAGUUUGGUUGAAAUUGAACGUGGAGUUAUAAUCAAUACUAGACUAAGUGGGACCUGUUGGGUCCCAUGUUCACACGGGAGUGCUGGUUUGCCCAACACAAUAUUCCACCUCUCCACCAAUUCCAAUAUUGGUGGCCAGAGAGGGGGGGAGGGAACUUUCUGGAAUGUUAGUAUGGGUGUUGUGGGCUGAAUGGACUGAUUUCCAGAGGGCUAGUAUGGACAUUGUGGGCCAAAUGGAUUCUUGGGGUGGCAACAGUCAAUCAAGCCUGAUGUGCUGGCAGCUCACUCACGGCUGGUGGGCUGGCAGUUGACUCGCAGCUAUUCCUUGAGAUUCCAUUUCAAGCAGGGUGCAAGGCCACCAAAUGCAGUUUCCUACCAUUAAAAGCAGGGUGCGUGGCCAUCAAAUUCAAGUGCAGUUUCCUACCACUUCAAGCAGGGUGCAAGGCCACCAAACUCAAGUGCAGUUUCAUACCACUUCAAGCAGGGUGCAAGGCCACCCAAUUCAAGUGCAGUUUCAUGCCACUUCAAGCAGGGUGCAAGGCCACCCAAUUCAAGUGCAGUUUCAUACCACUUCAAGCAGGGUGCAAGACCACCAUAAAACCACCAUAAAACCCCACACAACACCACAUAAAUACCGCACUCACAGUUCAGUAGACAUUCAGUGUGUUCAGUUGAUUCACAGCUCAGACAGUCGUGACCUCUCCCUCCCCCAUCUUGCAGAGACUGAGCCACACCCACACUUCUGGGUUUUAUAAUCCCUCCCCCUCCCACCGGAGGGGUCGUGGCCUUCAUGGCGUGAUUGGCAGGAGAGAGAUUCUCAACAUUUUUUAAACACUAAUAACACUUUUAUUUUUCAUUCAUGGGAAGAAUCCUUUCCACCUGAUGAGCGUAGGGGGACUAAGUACGAUGGUAAAAAAUCACAGCCGUAACUGGCAGCGUUUUUGCUAAAAUCAAUAUACAGAACAACAGGAAGUGGCCAAGAUCAGACUUUUAGUAAUAUAGAUAUUUGAGUCUUGACGUAGGUGUACAUGUUAUCCAGUUGUUCCAUUGAUGAGUGUAGGGUCAGGGAGAUGGAACUUCUUGCGACAGUAGGCAAACUGCAGUUGAUCAAGGCUGCUGGUAGGCUGGAAUUAAUAUAUGCUAUGACCAGCAUCUCGAAGCACUUCAUUAUGGUGGAUGUAAGAACCACCGGAUAAUGGUUAUUAAGGCAUGCUGGAGUCAAACAACAAGGAAACAGGCCCUUUAGCCCAAUGUCAGUGCUGAACCAAGGUGUCCCAACUACACGUCCCACCUGCCCAUGUUUGACUUGUAUCCCUCUAAACCGUUCCUAUCCAUGUACCUGUCCAAAUGCCUUUUAAAUGUUGUUAUAGUACCUGCCUCAACUACCUCCUCUGGCAGCUUGUUCCAUACACUCACCACUCUGUGUGGAAAAAGGUCCCCCUCGGGGUACUAUCUUUCCCCUCUCUUAAACCUAUGUCCUCAAGUUUGUGGUUACCCUAUCCUGGGUACAAGACUCAUCCUACAUUCACGCUAACAAUUCCCUUCAUGAUCUUUUAUACCUCUAGAAGAUCACCCCUCAACCUUCUGCACUCCAAGGAAUAAAGUCCUAGCCUGCUCAACUUCUCCAUAUAGCUCAGGCUCUCGAGUCCUUGCAACAUAAAUCUUUUCUGCACUCUUUCCAGCUUAAUGACAUACUUCCUACAGCAGGGUGACCAAAACUGAACAUAAUACUCCAAAUGCAGCUUCAUCAACAUUGUACAUCUGUAACAUUACAUCCUAACUUCUCUGCUCAAUACCUUGACAAAUGAAAGCCAAUGUACCAAAAGCUUUCUUGGCCACUCCAUCUACCUUUGACACACUUUCAGGGAACUAUCUACCUGCACACCUAGAUCCCUCUGGUCUACACCACUUCCCAGGGCCCUGCCAUUUACUGUGAAGGUCCUUUCCUGAUUUGACUUAAAAACAUGCUACAUUGACUUUCUUUGGAUCACAUGGUCAUCUUAAUAUAGGUGGGAACCUCCAGAUGGAAUAGAUAGAGGUUACAGACUGGUCUUAUGAGCAUUUUCUAUUUUUAUUUGGGUUCACUUUAUUCCUUUGAAAAAUGUUUAUCCAUUUAUUAAAACUCAUUCAUGCAUAGGCUUGAUCUUCUAAAAAAGUGUUUUUGCUCUAUAUACUUGGUAUUUACACUUGCACUUGGAUGCCAUGCCUCAUUGUUUACUGUUGCAAAUUAUGGGAAACCAGAUUUUUGAAGUUCUGCUUGUUCCUUUCUUACCAUGAGGGUUUAGUCAGUGGAUUUUAAGUUGUUGAUUGGCCUAAUGGGGAUGUGCUUCUAUGAUGGAGAGCUGGUCUUGCAUCUAUCGCACUUCACGCAAUACUGAUGUAAAACCAUGUACAACGUAUGGAAUUUUUGCAAUGAGGAAUAUUAUUCUCAAACAGCAGCUGAAACCAGUAUUUGAACUUGCAAAAUAAAUACCUGCAAUCUCUUGAACUUCAUCCUUGUUAGCUUUUAGAUUUAACAAACAGAUGUUGAGUUUGAUGAUUUUUUAAUUAAUUGUAUUAAAAUCCAUGGGGCCCAAUAUCAUUCCUUUGUGUUUUGUUUUAGAAAUAGGCUGUGUGCAUUCUUGAAACUGUUGUCUUUCAUGAUAAAUUGAUAACCUGCAUGUACUCUCAUGCCAUUAAAUACUGUUUUUAAAAUGAAUCAUGCUCUUCUAACCAGAGCAUGACCCUCACUUUCAUAUUCUAAAAUGUCCUUUGCAUGAUGUAUGUAAACUUACAGUAAUUUGCAUUUUUGGGAACAUGUUAUGUAUAGUAGCUUCAAUGAUAUUCAUAUGGCUGGACCAGAAUGUGACUGUAAAAGAGCAUGUGUGGGAAUGAACAUGACUGUUUUGUUUGUUUUGAACGAUUUGUAAUAAAAAAUGAAUAACAUUUUAUAUUGAGACUUGAAAAUAUUUACAAUAACUUGCAUGAUUUGCAGGUCUUUACUUUCUGAAUUGGUAGUACAACUGACUAGCAAUUUGCAAAUUUUGCAAAUAUGCCCAUAAUCUUUAGAUUUUUCAAUUGAUAUCAAGCCGAUUGGAGAAAUGCUAUUACAUUUGAUCAAGGCAAAUCUGUUGUAAACAAAUGCCUUCAACCUUAAAUGAAAAUAAGUGGUGUUGCAUACAUUUAUAAUCAAAUGCAUUCUGUGUACUAUGCUCCUACCAGCCAGAAUCUCCCAAUAUCCUUUGUUGGAGCAGAAAGGAGAAUUGGAUAAACAUGUAGUAUUAAAGUGCAGUAGAAUGCAUUUUUCAUGUUGCACUCCUUACCAACCAAACAAUAUACAUGUAGGCCAAAUUGUGUUAUAUCCCAAAUACUUUGAUUUUGUACUGUUUGAAUUAAAUAAUGUGAAGAAUGCUUGACUUAAAUGAUUUGAGGAAUAUUUUGAGCAGCCCGACACUGCAGGGACUAAGUUGCAUUUUCUGAAAUGAAUUAUAAAAAUCACCUCAAUGAUUGUGAAAUCCUGUUUUACCAUUCAAUUGCAGUUUAAUCCGUACAUAAAUGCACUGUAUCUUGUAUUUUGAAAAAUAAUAGUUAUAUUGUUAUACACAUUAAAACUUUGAACCAUCA